UACUUUAAAAGAACCAAAAUUGUGCGUAUCCCAAAGAAGGGAGCCAUCGCAAUGUGCCAAUUGCCUGAAACUCAGCUCCAGAAGUGCUGCAGAGCGCGCUGGGUGGGGAGGGAGCCCUAGUGUGCUCUGGGGUCCCGGGCCGGCCCUUCUGCCUGCUUUUUCAUUUCAUCACCGCGGUCUCCCUGGGGAAGUUCCAUCGUGGUCUUGCCAAGAGGUUGCCAGGAGCGAAAGGGCCGAGGGUCUAGCGAAGUGGUGCGGAGGUGCCGGGGGGGACCCGAGAGAGCCAGCCCAGGGGACAGGAGGCGGGCAGGGUGGCCUGGGCCCCGGCAGGCUGCCGGUCGCUCUCGAAAAGAGCACGGAGGGCGGCGCCAGCACCAGCGUUUUCCAGGAAGAGGCGGCCGCGCCCGCGCCCACGCCCACGCCGGCGCCCGCCGUCCCUUUAGGAGCCCGGCGGCCCGAGCCCCACUCCCGCCUCAGCCAUGGCCUCGCAGCUGCUGGAGGAGAAGCUCACCUGCUCCAUCUGCUUGGGGCUCUACCGGAACCCAGUGACGCUGCCCUGCGGCCACAACUACUGCGGGGACUGCAUCCGGAACGUGUGGCGCCGCUGCGAGAAGACGUGCCCCGAGUGCCGCAAGCCCUUCCCCGACGGCGCCGAGCCCAGCCGCAAUGUGGCGCUCAGCGACGUGGUGGAGACGCUGCGCGUGCCCGCCCCGGCCGAGGGCCCCGAGCCCGAGCCCGAGCCCGGCGCCGGUGCGCGCUGCCCCCGCCACGGGCGGCCGCUCGAGCUCUUCUGCCGCACCGAGGGCCUCUGCGUGUGCAGCGCCUGCACCGUGUACGACUGCCGCCUCCACGAGCGCGCGCUGCUGGACGUCGAGCGCCGCGAGCGCCAGGCCCAACUGAGAGCCAGACUGGAAGUCACCCAGCAACAGGCCAUUCAGGCUACUACCCAGCUACAGGAGCUGCAGCAGCAAAGCAGCCAGAUCCAGAGCUCAGCCUGCACCCUGGCCUCAGCAAUUUCCAGCAAAUUCAGCUGCCUGUUGCAGGCUCUGAAGAUGCGGCAGGCCUUGGCGCUGAGGGGCAUAGAAGCAGCCAAGAUGCAGGCACUGGCACAGGUCAGGGAUGGAGAACAGCUACUGCAGGGCCACCUGGAGGCUCUGUCUCAGUAUGGCAACAGGGUUCAAGAGCUCCUGGAGCAGGGAAAUGACCAGACCUUCCUCCAGGAGUCACAGCAGCUCAUUGAGCCCCCAGAGCCCCUUUGGCCACAAACCCCUCUGCAGUGGAACGAAGACAAGCAGCUGGGUGAUCUGAAUGAGUCACUGAGCCCACUAUGUGUCCUCCUCCUGGAAGAGGAGAGCCCCUCCAGUGUGCCAGUUAAGACUGCUGACUCAGCACCCCAGGAGGCCCUGAAUCCCCUGGCAUUGGUCCCAAGCGUGGUGUGUCCACUGAGGAAGAAACUCUGGCACAAUUAUCGCAACCUGACCUUUGACCUGGACAGUGCCAACUGCCACUUCUACCUGUCCCACCAGGACCAGCAGGUGAAGCACCAUCGUGAGCCCCAGCGUCCAGCUAGACCAGGCAGCUUCGAGCUCUGGCAGGUGCAGUGCACACAGAGUUUCCAGGCUGGGCGGCACUACUGGGAGGUGCGCACCUCUGACCAUUCAGUGACAUUGGGUGUCACCUACCCUGAACUGUCCCGACACAAGCAGGGAACUCACACAGACAACAUUGGCCGCGGCCCCUGCUCCUGGGGCCUCUGCAUUAAGGAGAACAGUGUCCAGGCCUGGCACAAUGGUAAGGUCCAGCGCCUCCCCAGGGUGUCUGGACGGCUUCUGGGUAUGGAUUUGGACUUGGAUUUUGGCAAACUCACCUUCUAUAGCCUGGAGCCGCAUACCCAGCCCCUACACACCUUCCAUGCCCUCUUCAGCCGGCCUCUCCACCCAAUCUUCUGGCUCCUGGAGGGGAGGUCCCUCACUCUGUGUCAUCAGCCUGAGACCAGCCUCCCUCCAGGGUCCCAGAAAGUGGCCUCAGGGCUCAGCUGAUGGCAUAGAUAGAAUGGAGCCCUGGUUAGGAACAAGUGCCUCCUGCCUAUGUUCCCAAAGCUCCCAGCCUCUGCCCUGGGGACCCGAGGCCACAGUUCUGAAAGGACUGGUGUUGGCCUCUGUUGACACGGAGAGAGGUGGGUGGGAGCUCCCAAACUGGAGUUUGCUUUUCCAGCCAUUUAUUUGGAAGGGGAUAAAAUUAGAAACCCUGGCCCCCAAGAAGAGCCCAGUUCUCAGCACUCCUUCAGCUUUACGGGUUAUAAGUGCCCAGAGUGCUCCUGGGCUUACAGGAUGGCAUGUGGGACAAAAUAACACCUCUCAACCCAGUUCACCUCCCAGGAAGACCAGAUGGGCCAGAAACAGCUUGUGGGUGGGGAGGUGAGCCACAAUGAUUCAGAGGGACAUUCUAAGGACUGUCGAAGUGAUUUACCCAUUUGGGGGUAAAUCACCAAGUAUAUGGCUUACACUUGUAAUCCCAGUUACUUGGAAGGCAAAAAUAGGAUCAUGGUUUGAGUCCAACCCAAGCAAAAAGGUAGACCUCCAUCUCAACAAGCUGGGUGUGAAUGGUGCACACCUGCAAUCCAGCUGCAUGGGAGGCGAAGGUAGAAGGAUGGCGAUCUCAGGCUGGCCUGGCCAAAAAGUGAGACUCUACCUGAAAAAUAACCGAAGCAAAAAGGACUAGGCGUGCGGCUCAGAUGGUGGAGCAC